AUGAGCCCGUACGACGACGGGGAAUCAUCCGCCCGUGGGAUGCCAAUUGAGCAGCCGCGAGCCAUCUCUGCAAAACAAGCUGUUUCGUAUACCGUCGGUGCCUUCAUUGCUCUGUCGGUGAUGUUCACUCCCCAGCUUUCCAUGCCGGCGGAAGCGGCUUCUUCCACCGCCACUCCCACCGCUUCCGUAACGCGGCCCAUGUCGGUCGAACAACGAAACUUGGACGCGGCCCAGUCAAUUCUUGAUGCCGCGGACGCCAAGCUCAAGGUGACGCAAAAGUCCGUCGCGACGGCCAAAGCAGCCGAUGAUAAGCAGCUGGCGAUACUCAAAAAGGCAGAGGACAAGGCCAACAAAGCGAAGGAUGACCUCGUGUCUGCCACUACCAAACUCACUACUAUGCGAGGAGACGUUAAGGUCUCGGACAAGGCCGUGGAGAAACAAAAGGAAAAAAUAGUUGCUUUCAAGCAAGCCCAAACGGAGUCACUAGUUGGCUUGGACAAAGCUCGCGUCGCCCGAAAAGAAACUGCCUUAAAGCUCACGACGGCCCAACAAGGGACAAAAAGCUACGAAAAGACGAAACAAACAGCUCAGAAAAGUUACGACGUUGCCAACCAAAAGUUCAAAUUGUAUGAGAGCCAACAGGCCGAAAAGCAGAAGAAAAUUGACGCUUCCAAAAAGGUUGCCACCGAAAAGCUCAAGGCCAAGCAAGCUGCUGACGCCAAGGUGGCCAAAAAGAAUGCCGAACGAAAAGCGAAAGAAGAAGCCAAGAUUCGCAAAACAAAUCUCGACGCUUUAAAGAAACAGAUUUCGAAACAGGAUGAGAAGGUGAAGAAAGCCCAAACAAAUUUGAAGGCUCUCGAAAAGGAACUCAGGUCGCUCAACUCACGCAAAACGAUCGAAAAACAAGAAGUGAAGAUUGCACAAGCAAAAACAAAGCUAGAAGCGGAAAAGAGUAUAUUGAAAGAACUCAAGGCCAAAAAAGUCUAG